CCAGUCGAGCGAGCGCCGGGAACGAGCAGCGCCCGAGCAGAAGCGGCCCGCGCAGAUCAGCCAGACUGCGGCGCGCGUCGGAGGCUCCUGGGAAACUCUCACGGCUCCCGGACUUUCGAAAAGAGAGAGUGAAGGGCCCAGGCGCGCGAAGUCUGCAAGUGAGCGCUCAACCAGGCACCUGUUCCUCCCGCGCCACCGUCUUCCCACCCCUCGGACCCGCGCUCCGGAGACAACAGCCUGCUGCCGCGAUGAAUCCCACGCUAGGCAACCAGACCGACGUGGCGGGCCUGUUCCUGGCCAACAGCAGUGAGGCGCUGGAGCGCGCCGUGCGCUGCUGCACCCAGGCGUCCGUGGUGACCGACGACGGCUUCGCGGAGGGCGGCCCAGACGAGCGCAGCCUGUACAUUAUGCGCGUGGUGCAGAUCGCUGUCAUGUGCGUGCUGUCGCUCACGGUGGUCUUUGGCAUCUUCUUCCUCGGCUGCAACCUGCUCAUCAAGUCCGAGGGCAUGAUCAACUUCCUGGUGAAGGACCGGAGACCGUCUAAGGAGGUGGAGGCGGUGGUGGUGGGGCCCUACUGACCGGCCCUCUGGCCCGGGAGGCAGCAGCCCCCACGCCUCCCCACUUUGCCAGCCCCGCUGCGCCCCAUCUCCAUCUGAGACUGGGCAAAGCAAACCUGUCGGAGUCAAUUAAUUCUCUCGACUUCUGCCUUUCGGGAUGAAGCGACCAGUUUCUCGCUCGCCCUCUGGAAGUCCCCGUGCUUGGCUGUAGGAGGAGGGAGCCUGACUUGGUACUCAGCAAGCAGCAGGUGGCAAAGAAAGGGUGAUGGGGCGCAGAACUUUGGAAGCUGCCUUUUGUGGAUGCCGGGAGACCGAAGGCGCGAAGGCCCUUCUCCACCCGCAGGUGGGCCAAGCGCUGGGGGCAGGUGGAGAGGGCGGGCAGGGAUGCACCUAGGGGCACCCAUCGCCUGGUGACCGGAAAAGUAACCCGUUUAUACGCCAUGCAACAGACCUAAUGGGGACAUACAAAUACGUAUCGGGAUUCGCGCCCACUCCCUCCCACUCCCCUCAGCCUUGAUGGGGGAGAGGCUACAAAUAUCUUUGAUUGAUUGUAACGUGCCGUUUUAAGGGAUUUUGUGUUUGUUUGCUUGAAUAUAAGUAUUUGAUAAGUCCUUUUCUGUCCUAGUGACCUGUGUGCCUGCCUGGGGGUUAGAGUUUUGUCAUGGUUGGGAGAAAGGGUGGGGGGAGAGGGGCGCCUGCGAAUGUGAACGGGGUGAGUUGUUCUAGUGCAUUUCCUCUGGGUCUUUUUGUGGGGCUAGCACUCCAGCUGGCUCCUGGACAAACCCAGAAUAGAACUUGUAGCUUGUGACUGCACGGUUUACGCCACAAAAGUGCUCUUGACAUCCGUGAUACCAUUUUGACUUUUUUUUCUCUUAUUUAACAUUUCCUUA